AUGGAGCAGAUUCUUUGGCUGCGUAUCUUCAAGACCAUCGUGGGUAUUGUAGGUAUCUUGGGCAACGGUCUCGUCUGUCUUGUCAUCGGUAAAGUCUCAUCGAUGCAGACUCGCACCAACGCCUUCAUCUUCCACCAAGCUGUGGUGGAUCUUCUUGGUUCGUUAACGACGCUUCUGCAGAGUUUGGUCCCGCUACCAGACCCCUUGCCCAGCAACGCUCUCGGGUGGGUAGUGUGCCACAUCUGGUUCUCCAACUUUGUAAUUUUUCUCCUGUUCAUCAUAUCAACGUUCAACCUAUUGUCGUUGACCAUGGAGCGGUACUUCGCCAUCGUGCACCCAUUCAAGUACCAAGCAGCCUUCGCCAAGUACCCAAGACUUAAAGUCGGUGCAGUCAUUGCGGCAUGCUGGAUCAUCGCGGUUGUUCUCAAGUCCUACAACCUUACCAUCUUUAAGGUGCAAGACGGUAAGUGCGUCUCGAAUGCUGCGAAUCGCUCUAAAGUCAUCGGAAGUUUGACUGCCGUCCUGCAGUACAUGGUGCCGGUGGCAGUGAUGCUGUUCGCGUACAUUCGCAUCAGCGUGGAGCUCAAGAGAGGAGCGGAUAGGGUGGGACCGGCACCGUCCGUCAUCAGCUCAGCUGCCGGAGCAUCCAACGCGGGCAACGCCCAACCGGCAGGUAUGAUGGAGUCCCUACUCCGAGCCAGACGUAACACCUUCAAGAUGCUCUGGAUCGUCUUCAUCACCUUCCUGGUGUGCUGGACCCCAAACCAGACCAUCUUUCUCAUGUUCAAUCUCGGCUGGAAGCUCAACUUCAACGUCGAUUGGUACUACCUGCUGUCAGUGGCGAUGGUGGCCGCUAAUUGCUGCGUCAAUCCGGUCAUCUACGCCUUCAAGUACCGUCAAUUCCGCAAGGGGCUACGCGAGCUAUUUUGCAAGCAGCUCAUGCACGUUGAGGAAACGUUGAACUCCCUUGUAGUGUGA